CAAGCGAGCGCGCGUCGUGUAUGUUGUAGUGAAAGGUGUGUGUACACGUGCGUGUGUGUGCGUUUGACAGAAGACGCUCAAAGUAAAUCAAGCAGAUAUCAUGGAGCGACUACGCGAAUAUCGUAUGCGUGUACUAACCGGACGUCCGGUCUGCGGUGGGGAGACGACGAGCGACGCCAGCGCCGUGCACGGAUAAUGCGAGGCCAGCCGACGUCGAUCUGUCGUCGUUGAAAUAUGCGAGAGAGCGCCGACGCUGCUGCUGGUGAUCUGUCGUCGGCCAGGGACAUGGAACCUCGAUACUGGCGCUACCGACGCAAGCUCAUGGUGGUCAUCGUCGCUGCGUCGGUACUGCUCUGCGUCAGCGUCUACACUCUCGGCAGCGUCACCUGCUGCGACGGAAGCAGCGACGCAGUCUCCGACGCAGCGCUGCGCGACAUCGACCGACUCGCCGACGCACGGUCGGCGUUCCAUCGCCGACGUAAUCUAUGGGACGUCAGCAGCGAACAGGCGACGUCGGUCAUCGGCGACGACGUGUACGCCGCCGCUGCCGACGACGCCGAAUACGCCGACUCGGACGAGGAAAGUAACUACGGCGGCGACGACGACGUCGGCGCGCGCGUCGUCGCGCAGGCAACGCGGCCGACGGACGGAUCGUCGCCGAACGUGAAAUACAAGCAUCACACAGAGAACGGCACGCGCAAGCUGCCGAGUGUGAUUAUCAUUGGUGUGAAGAAAGGUGGCACGCGAGCGCUCCUGGAGUACAUACGUCUGCACCCGGACGUGCGGGGAGUCGGACCCGAAACUCACUUCUUCGACCAGCAUUACGAGCGUGGCCUGGACUGGUACAGGUAAGCCUAUACGACACUACACUACGGUGUUUACUGUCUUUAGCAAGCAAAAUAUGCGAGGUAAACUGGCUGCGUGGCCGCAAGUAGAAGUGUAAACACAAGUAAAACACUGCAGGUAGAACUGACAGUGCGACCACGGCAAAACACGGCGGACAGCGCCCCCGUAUUAGUUUAGCACAUAUGCGAACUAUAUAUACACGG